UAAAAAUGGAAGUAGAAUAGAGUCAUUGACAGUGGAGCUGAGUGGCGGAGGGAGGGAGGGAAAGGGGGCGCAGCCUGGCAGGCACACUAACUGGACAUAAUACACCAACACUAACCAGCGUAAACGAGUGGACAAUAAAUGGGUGAAUAAUGGACAUUUUGAGCAGAAGGAAAAGAAGAAGAGGACUCCAGUGAAGACGCCAGUUUCCCGAUGGAUAUAGAAGAUGUAAGGCUCCAUGUUGGAAUGCUGUCCAGAUGAUUUAUACACAGUUUGAGGCACUGUGGUUGCUCUGGUCACUGUAGGCGGACAGUUUGACAGAGUUUGACUGAGCAAAGAGGGUUUCAUCAUCCCUAACUGAAGAGCACACAACAUGACUGUGGCCAAUGCAAACUCAGGCUCAGCCAUGCAGCAGGUUCUGGACAACCUGAAAGACAUGCCCUCGGGCAUGGGUGCCAAAGACAUUGACCUCAUCUUCCUCCGUGGCAUCAUGGAGAGCCGCAUUGUCCGCUCCCUCGCCAAGGCUCACGAGUGCCUCGAGGAGGUCAAGUUAGAAGCCGUGCGAGACGACAACGUCCAGCUGAUCUCCGAGAUCCUCGACUCGCUCAACACGCUCAACACGCUCCCUGAAAAAGACACUGCCUCUGUUGAGCUCUCCAAAAUCCUCCAGGAGCCUCAUUUCAAGUCUUUGAUAGAGGCUCAUGACAAAGUGGCUGCAAAGUGCUACGAGAUGCCCAACGCCGCCACAAACUGCACCGCGUUGUUGGCCAGCUGUCUCGUGCCCGCCGACGCCAUCAGGAUGAUCGGAAUCCAGAAGAAAGCAGGAGAGCCGCUGGGGGUGACAUUCCGUGUGGAGCAAGGGGAGAUGGUGAUAGCGCGGAUCCUGCAUGACAGCUACAUCGACCGCCAGGGCAUGCUGCACACCGGCGACAUCAUCCGCGAGGUGAAUGGGCGCCAGGUGGGCAGCGACCCGCACGAGCUGCAGGAACUGCUGAGGGACUGCAGCGGCAGCGUCACCCUAAAGGUGCUGCCCAGCUACAGAGACUCACCAGCGCCUCCUGAGGUUUAUCUAAAGCCGCACUUCAACUACAACCCCGCCUCAGACAACCUGAUUCCAUGUAAAGAGGCGGGCCUUGCCUUCUCUAGAGGCGAUAUCCUGCACAUCGUCAACAAGGAGGACCCCAACUGGUGGCAGGCAUGCAGUGUUGUGGGCGGAGCGACUGGUCUCAUUCCUAGUCAGUUCUUAGAGGAGAAGAGGAAAGCGUUUGUGAGAAAAGAAUGGGAUAUUUCGGGAAUGCUGUGUGGAAACAUCUCUGUCAAAAAAAAGAAGAAAAAAAUUAUGUACCUGACUGCAAAGAACGCAGAAUUUGACCGCUACGAACUGCAGAUCUACGAGGAAGUGGUUAAGAUGCCGCCCUUCCAGAGGAAAACAUUGGUUCUAAUUGGUGCUCAGGGUGUUGGGAGGCGGAGCCUGAAAAACAGACUCAUUGUGGUGAAUCCUCUGAGAUAUGGAACUACCGUACCCUUUACGUCCCGCAGCCCCCGAGAAGAAGAAAGAGACGGCCAGAACUAUUGUUUUGUGGCGCGGCAGCUGGUGGAGCAGGAUAUCAAGGACAGUCGUUACCUGGAGCACGGCGAAUAUGACGGCAACCUAUACGGCACCAAGAUCGACUCUAUCCAUGAGGUGGUGGGGGCGGGCCGCACCUGCAUCCUGGACGUCAACCCCCAGGCUUUGAAAGUGCUGAAGACUGCCGAGUUUAUGCCCUUUGUAGUCUUCAUUGCGGCUCCUGAGCUGGACACCUUAAGAGACAUGCACAAGGCUGUGGUGGAUGCUGGAAUAACAACCAAACUAUUAACUGAGAACGACUUAAAGAAGACGGUGGAGGAGAGCGCCAGGAUCCGCCGCGCCUACAGCCACUUCUUUGACCUAAUUAUUGUCAAUGACAACCUGGACAAGGCCUUCGAGGAGCUGCAGGAGACAGUAGAGAGACUAUUUGUGGAGCCCCAGUGGGUCCCAGUCAGCUGGGUCUACUGAUAAGGGACUGUCCUGAGCUGCUACACCUGGAGGACUCAACACUGCACUGCACACACUAUGCAAAGCCAGCGCACACAGGAAGUGUACUUAUUUAUUGGCAGAACUCUUUUAAUAUUCUCAUCACACACAUUGAGUGUUUAAAUUUCGAAAAGGAACUAUUGCUGCCAUGUCCUAUAAUUUAAUGUUACACUUAUGUAAGUUGGAGUAUGUAUUUAUUCUACUAAUGAGGGCUUGCUCAUUACCUCAGUCAGUGUGUGCGUUUACACUCUUUGUCAUUUCAUUUUGCCACUACUACUGUUUGGACUCUGUCUUUCCAUCAAGGCAAUAGAAGGUGACCUGACAGCCAGUUAGUGUGUGGUUCUACGUGGGAAGGAAGACGUGAAACUAAUGUGUUCACUAGUCUCAUCCAUGUAGAUCAUCUGUGUGUGAGUCCAACCUUCCAUGUGGCGCUGCAUUAGGUUAAAACUUAAUGUUCUACAAGAAGUUUUAAACAAGGUGCUGCGCCUCAUUAAACCGUCCCUUUUGAUGUGAUCUGAUUAAAAAUUGUAAUUUAAAACAAUCAUAUUUAGUGAAUUUUACUUUUUUCAGAGAAAUGUAUUUUCAAGAUGUCAAUUGUUUUUCUCUAUUAAACUGUGCUGUUUUUUAUAUUAAAAACAUUUUGACUUAAAUUAGACAUUUUUUUC